AUGACAAAUACCGACCCCACUAAUGGGCCUGGACCAGGACCAGGACCGUAUGGUAUACCCAAUCAACAAACAUCAGCAUAUCCCGCCAGGACCAGUAACCGACUGAAUCAGUGGACUCAGUUAAUUCCACCGAUCCCCGCUCGACUUGCCUAUAACGAUACCUUUGACUUUGGGAAUAGUUCUACUAACAGUACUACUAACAGUACUACUAACAGUACUAGUAAUAGUACCAUCAAUAGUAACAGUACCACUACUAACAGUAACAGUAACAUCAGUAACAACAAUACCAUCAUCAGUAAUAACAGUACCACAUCCCCUAAGAAAUCUAAAAAGUACUGUAACAAAUGUGGACUAGAAAUUACAGCCCAAUUCGUUAGAGCCAUGCUGAAAGCAUUCCAUUUAGAAUGUUUUGUAUGUGAUGAAUGUGGUACCGAAUGUUCAUCUAAAUUCUUUACUUAUGAUAAACCCAGUAAUUCAGGGAAUGGAUCAGUAAUUCAAGUCCCAUUAUGUGAUUAUGAUUAUUUUAAAAAAUUAGAUUUAAUAUGUUAUGAUUGUAAUCAAGGAAUUAGAGGAAGAUAUAUUACUGCUUUAGGUCACAAAUAUCAUGUAGAACAUUUCCGAUGUGCUACUGAUAAUCGAGUAUUUGAUGCCGUAGAAACUUAUAUUGAACAUGAAGAUAAUGUUUAUUGUCAUUUUCAUUAUUCUCAAUUAUUUGCUGCUCAUUGUCCAGCUUGUAAUUCAUCAGUUGUUAAACAAUAUGUGGAACUUUAUCGAGGAGGUAAGAAACAACAAUGGCAUCCUGAAUGUUAUAUGAUUUAUAAAUUCUAUAACGUAUGUAUUACUGCUGAUGCUGUUGGUUUACAAACUUUGUAUAAUCUUAAAUCAGAAGAUAUUCCAUCCAUUUAUGAUAAUUCCAUCAAUAAUAAUAAUAAUAAUAAUAUAGAUUCAAAUCUAUUCUUAGCAGUAGAACAACAAAUUGAAAAUGUCGUAAUGAAAUCAUGGUUAACACUUUGUAAUUAUGAAGAAACUACCGCUAGUUGUAUUAGUGAUAUGUUACUUAAAGCUAAUCUUGCUGAUCAAUUUAAUGGACUUAUAACUACAGGGAAAUUGAUAUAUAAUGUGGAAAUUCUAUUUCGAGCUGUGGAUUAUAUCCUUCAAUUAUGUAAUACUAUUAAACCUCCUCAACCUCCAACAACAAAUACAAUAACUCCGGAAUUAGGUCAACAAUUAGUUGAUGAUCUGGAAUCAUCAAUUACAAAUCUGGAAGAUUUUCAACCUCUUAAGAAAGAAGCUAGAAAUAUAUCGGGUAAAAUUAUGAGUUAUUUAGCUAUAUUAAGAAAAUCAGCAAAAUUAGCAAAAUCAGGUAGUUUAUCAGGAGAAUUAUUAACAGUAAUUACUGGUUUAGCUCAUUAUCUUAAAUUACUUAUAAGAAUUGGAUUAAAUAAUGCCCUUAAAUUAAAUAAAAUUCAUGGAUCAACUACUGCAUCAGAUAAUUUUCUUAAAUUAAUUUCUUCACCAUUUGAAUUAGAAUCUUCAAAUUUACUGUUAAUGAUAUCUCGAUUAGCAAUUCCAGCUAAAUGUACUGAUGCAUGUUUUACAUGUACAAAAAGUAUUGAAAGAUCAUGUAUUAGACUCGAUAAAAUUAGAUGGCAUUUACUGUGUUUUAAAUGUUCAAAUUGUUCAAGAAAUAUCCCAUCAGGAGAAUUAAAUCAAACAACUAUUAAUCAUUUAAAUUCUAAUAUUUAUUGUAAAAAUUGUUCAACAAUUGAUUCUCAAGCUCAAUUAGGAUCAUUUGAACUUGUUAGUGAUUUAUCUCAACUUAUUUAUUUACUUAAAAUAGCCCUUUCUCGAUCAAAAGCAGUAAUGAAAAUUGAUUUUUAUCAACCACCACAACAACAAGUAUCAGAACCAGAACUUAGUUAUUCCAAUACAGUUUCAAAUAUAAGACGAUUAAAGAGUCGUCGAGAAAGUCAAAAACUUUCGAAUUCUUUAAAACAAAAUGCUAGAAAAUCUAUAAUUCUUGAUGCUCCUGAAGGUGAAAGUGCAAAAGCUGAUGAUAUUACUGAUGGUAAUGGUAAUGGUAAUGGUAAAAAUAGAAAAAUGAGUGUAACUUCAGAAAUUUCUUAUAAUUCUAAUGCUGAAACAUUAUCAGUUAAAAAGGCUAUGAAAAUAACUGAAGAUUCAUCUCCAAAUAAUAAUAGUCAUUUGGUUAGAACAUCUGAUUUAUUAAAGAAUGAACAAUCAUUAACAUUAGAUGAUAUACCUCGGAUUGUAGCUGCUGAACAAGCUCGAGAUCAACGACCUAAUGCCUUUAAACAUCAUCGAUCACUUUAUCAAAAGCCUCAAGCCACCACCAAAACAAGUCCAUUAGUUAAUCCAAGUCAUGCUCUUGAUACUAUUUUAAAUAGUCCUGUAGCACGAGAAGAACCCAUUAAAAAGAUCAAAUAUUAUGGAGAAUUAACUAAAGAAGAACAUUUUAUAAUUCGUCAUAUUUCAAUUGAAGCUCUUAGUCAAUUAAAUUCCAAUAAAUUUAAUCGAGAUGAUUUACUUUCUUAUAUUCAAGUUAAGAAACAAUCAACCUUUUGGGAUAAAUUUAAAUUUGGUAGUAGUAGUAAUAAUAAUAAUAAUACUAAAAAGGAUGCUGUUUUUGGGGUUGAAUUAAAGGAACUUACAAAGAAAUUUGGUAUUGAUUCAGAUUCAGGAGUUGGACCAGCAAAAUUAAGAAUUCCAAUAAUUAUUGAUGAUAUAAUUAAUGCUUUAAAGCAAAAGGAUAUGUCAGUUGAAGGGAUUUUCCGAUUAAAUGGGAAUAUAAAGAAACUUAAAUUAAUGAUUGAACAAAUUAAUAAGAAUCCAUUAAAAUCUCCUGAUUUUAGUACUCAAACAGCAGUACAAUUAGCAGCAUUAAUGAAACGUUGGUUAAGAGAUUUACCAAAUCCAUUAUUAACUUUUGGACUUUAUGAUAUUUGGAUUUCAUCACAACGAGAAGUUAAUCCUGUUAUAAAAUCACGAAUUCUUCAAUUAACUUAUUCUUUAUUACCAAUAAGUCAUAGAAAUUUGGUAGAAGUAUUACUUUAUUUCUUUAGUUGGGUAGCAUCAUUUGCUGAAAUUGAUGAAGAGACUGGUUCAAAGAUGGAUACUCAUAAUUUAGCAACAGUUAUAGCUCCAAAUAUUUUAUAUUCACGAUCAGCUAGUGGAGGUAGUAGUAAUAUUGGUAAUAGUAGUGGUAUGGGACCUAAUGUAGCAGCACUUGAUUUAAAGGAUCCUCAAGCUGGAGAUACCUACUUUUUAGCUAUUGAAGUUGUUAAUAGUCUUAUUGAAAGUCAUGAAGAAUUAAGUAUUGUACCUGAAGAUCUUAUUAAAUUUUAUGAGAAAUGUGGAUUUUCUUCGACUAGUAGUGAAUUAACUAGUAAAGAAAUUAUGAAUAAGAUUGAUAGGACACUUAAAGAAGAUCCUAAAUUCUUUGAAGUUAAUAGUAAACCUCCACCACAACCAUCACAACAGGAAGUUAAACGAUUAGUACUGAAGAUUACCACUUCAGGACCUCAUCGACUGAGUAAUGGGAAUGGGAAUGGGAAUGGGAAUGGGAAUGGAGAUGAAGGUGAUGAAAGUACUGAGUAUGAGCAUAGUCAAUUGGUCCAAGUCGAAGAUAUGUCCGGAGGCUGUGGACAAGCAUUUGCCGUAAUCAUAGUUAGUGGAGCCUUUGAAGGAAAGAAUAAAUUAAGUAGACAUCGAUUAGUUAAUGGAGCAUUAAAGGAAGAAAUCGGAUCAAUACAUGCAUUCACUCAAAAGGGGUUUACCCCUCAAGAAUGGUUACAACAAGGAGGUAAAAUAUGA